UCCGCGUCUUCUCAGCACCGCGCCUCAGCCUGGCCUUAGGUGUCUCGUGUUUGGGGGUGAUCUUUGCUGUCGCCGCUAUGGGCAAAACUGCGGACUCUCGGAGUCCGGGAGCCCGGCCCGACCCGGUGCGGAGCUUCAAUCGCUGGAAGAAGAAACACAGCCAUAAGCAGAGCCAGAAGAAGCAGUUGAGGAAGCAGCUGAAGAAGCCCGAGUGGCAGGUCGAGCGCGAGGUUAUCAGCCACCUCAUGCAGAACUACGAGAAGAUAAAUGUAAAUGAAAUUGCAAGAUUUUCAGAUUUCCCCUUGUCCAAAAAAACAUUGAAAGGUUUGCAGGAAGCCCAGUACCGUUUGGUAACCGAGAUACAGAAGCAGACCAUUGGAUUGGCUUUGCAAGGUAAAGAUGUUCUUGGAGCUGCCAAAACUGGAUCUGGCAAGACUUUGGCUUUCCUUGUUCCAGUACUGGAAGCCUUAUAUCGCCUGCAGUGGACCUCAACAGAUGGGCUGGGGGUUCUGAUAAUAUCACCUACAAGAGAAUUGGCCUAUCAGACCUUUGAAGUUCUCCGAAAAGUAGGAAAGAAUCAUGACUUUUCGGCUGGUCUCAUCAUUGGUGGAAAGGAUCUGAAGCACGAAGCUGAGAGGAUCAAUAACAUAAAUAUACUCGUUUGCACACCGGGUCGGCUCCUUCAACACAUGGAUGAAACAAUAUGUUUUCAUGCUACCAAUCUCCAAAUGUUAGUUCUUGAUGAAGCAGAUAGAAUCUUGGAUAUGGGCUUUGCUGAUACCAUGAAUGCUAUUAUUGAAAAUCUUCCCAAGAAACGUCAGACUUUGCUUUUCUCGGCUACACAAACCAAAUCUGUAAAGGACCUUGCACGCUUGAGUUUGAAAAACCCUGAGUAUGUCUGGGUUCAUGAAAAAGCAAAAUACAGCACCCCUGCUACUUUGGAACAGAACUACAUAGUUUGUGAGCUACAGCAAAAAAUAAGUGUGCUAUAUUCCUUUCUGAGAAGCCACCUGAAGAAGAAAAGUAUUGUAUUUUUCUCCAGUUGUAAAGAGGUUCAGUAUCUGUAUCGAGUGUUCUGCCGGCUGCGUCCUGGUGUUUCUAUACUUGCCCUCCAUGGUCGACAGCAGCAGAUGAGAAGAAUGGAAGUCUAUAAUGAAUUUGUUCGCAAGAGAGCUGCAGUACUCUUUGCUACUGAUAUUGCAGCCAGGGGCCUGGAUUUCCCUGCUGUGAAUUGGGUUCUUCAGUUUGAUUGUCCAGAAGAUGCCAACACGUACAUUCACAGAGCAGGUAGAACUGCCAGGUAUAAAGAGGAUGGUGAAGCUUUAUUAAUUUUGCUUCCCUCAGAAGAAAAAGGGAUGGUGCAGCAGCUUCUCCAGAAGAAAGUGCCUGUGAAGGAGAUCAAAAUCAAUCCAGAAAAACUUAUAGACGUCCAGAAAAAAUUGGAAUCGUUUUUAGCUCAAGAUCAGGAUUUAAAAGAAAGAGCUCAAAGGUGUUUUGUCUCCUACAUACGUUCAGUAUAUCUGAUGAAGGAUAAAGAAAUAUUUGAUGUGAGCAAGUUACCUAUACCUGAAUAUGCUCUGUCUCUUGGUCUUGCUGUGGCACCACGGGUAAGAUUUCUUCAGAAAAUGCAGAAACAACCCACCAGAGAAUUGGUAGUGAGCCAAGAUAAUAAAGUAAUUGGGCCAAGGGCUCCCUCCCUCACCAAUGAUGAAGUGGAAGAAUUUAGAGCCUACUUCAGUGAGAAAAUGUCCAUCCUUCAGAAAGGUGGGAAAAGAUCAGAAGGGACAGAGUACAGACUGGCUAACAGUAUUAGUGCUGAAGAGGAAGAAAAGGAAGAUGAAGAAGAAAUGGAAGAGAAACUGGGAAAAGCAAAAGGGUCUCAAACUCAAUCUGUCCCUAGCACUGAUGAGUCUCAGAAAAACAAGGAAGUUUCUAUGCACUUCUUGGACAGAGAUGAUGAGGAGGAAGAUGGACUUGAUGCUGAUUUCUUUAAGGUGAAGCGGCACAAUGUGUUUGGGUUGGACCUUAAAGAGAAUAAAACGUUACAGAAGAAAGAACCUUCUAAAUCCAGUGUCAAGAAAAAAGUGACCAAGGUCGCAGAAGCAAAAAAAGUAAUGAAGAGAAAUUUUAAAGUGAAUAAGAAAAUAACAUUUACUGAUGAAGGGGAGUUAGUUCAGCAGUGGCCACAAAUGCAGAAAUCUGUCUCCAAGGAUACUGAGGAAGAGGAUGACACUGGUGGUAUCAACUUAGAUAAAGCAAAGGAACGGCUUCAGGAAGAGGACAAAUUUGACAAAGAAGAAUACAGGAAAAAAAUCAAGGCAAAGCAUCGGGAGAAAAGGCUGAAAGAAAGGGAAGCCAGAAGAGAAGCCAACAAGAGACAAGCAAAGGCCAAAGAUGAAGAGGAAGCCUUUCUGGACUGGAGUGAUGAUGAUGAUGAUGGAUUUGAUCCCAGCACCCUUCCAGAUCCAGAUAAGUACAGAAGCUCUGAAGAAUCAGAUAGUGAAGAUAUGGAAAAUAAAAUUAGUGAUACCAAGAAGAUGCAGGGAAUGAGGAAAAGGAACAGCGGUGAAGUGGAAGACAUGCGACCCACAAGUUCUAACAGAAAGAAGGCCAAGUGGGAAACCUUAGAGCCUUUGGAUACAGGCCUGUCUUUAGCAGAGGAUGAAGAGCUGGUGUUACAUCUCCUAAAAAAUCAAAGCUAGAUACUUCCUGCUCUUGUCUUCUCCUUGAAAUCUCUGGUCAUGAUUGUAUGGACAAGAAGUUGAAAAAAUGAUUGGUUUUGGGGAACUUAGAUAACAUGAGUCCCAUGCCCAAAGGACCCAUUCUCCAGAUAGAAGUGAUCAUAUCUCUAAGCCCCUUUCACGGGAUGUGCUUGCACCAUCCAAGAGCAAACUCAGAGUGAGGGUGGAUCAUAAAAUUUCCUGAUCCCAUUUUCCAGCAUGUGCUGUGUUAGAUUUUAUCCAUGGGUCCCUACAUCUUGUCAUUGGAAAUGCUUCCUUUGUUUUAAUGGCAAAUUCUGGAGACCUUGCUUCAUUGUUAGAAAUUACUGUGUUGCUUACCUUACAGAAGUUUCUAUGUACUGUUAAACAAAAUUGCUCACAGUUUUGAUUAUUUAAUAUCUCUAAAGAGACUGAGUAAAAUGGACCAGCCCUGAGAAAGAAUGAGUAUUUUUGAAUUGAAAUGAUCAAUAAUAAACAUAUUUCCUAUAAAAUUGCUGUUUUCAACACGUCCGGUAAUCUGAGAGCACUGUCAAGGGAAAGUUCUUAAGAUUAAAAUGCUUGGCGAAUUCCUGAAACAGUAAAUUUUUCAUAUUCCUAAAUUAGCCCUCUUAAAGAUACCAUUUAACUUACAUUUGCAGAUUUGCUAGCUAUCAUUUAUAAAAUCUAUAAAAGUCCUGAAUCUGAAGACUUUGUGAUCUAAAACCUGGUCUCUUGGCAUAUAGUAGCUUGUAGGCCUUCUGCAAAUGUCUUGCAGCCAUUUUUUCUAGCAAAUGGAGGCCACCUCUGAGAGGCUGGGGAGAAUAAGGCCAACACAUCAAGGUGAGCAGAGUGAAGAGAUGGAGAGAAAGCCCUGCUUCAACCAGAUCCAGUCCUUGUACUUCCUAGUUAUGGGUCAGUAAAUUUCUUUUUGGUGUAAACUACUUUGAGGUGUAUUCUGUCUCUGGUACUAAACGUAUCCUGCCUUUAAUAUACACUACACUGUAGGAGAUUUUAGUUUGCUGAUUUUGAAAACUAACUAAAACAUCAGGAUAGUGUUGAUAGAAAACUCAAGUAACAAUGCAUGGUAGAUUAUGUUAUUGUUCAGCAAAUAUUCCCUCCAGCCCCCUCCUUCCCUAUGGGAAGCAUAUUUUUUCCACAUUGCUGGUGAUGUUGACCCUGUGACUUACUUUAGCCCUUGGAAUGUGAUGGAAGUAACUAUGUGCUGGUUAUAAGCAGAGGCUUUAAGAUGCAUUGAUGUGUCCAUCAGCCCUCUCGCUUCCACCUUGAGACCAACAGGGACCAAAGAGAGGACACUGCUUCAGUCUGGACAUGAGAAGAGACGAUGUGAAACAGACCUGCAACUCCACAGUCACCUCUCAAACUUGUGGAGCAAGAAAUCCGCUGACACUUAGGGAGUUAUCACAGAAAAACCUGACUAGUACACAAGGUGAGUGAAACACGUAACCAGUGAACAAGAGCAUUCUUUCAAUCAAUAAAUGUUAAUAAAUUCAGCACCUGCCAUAUUCCAGGCCCUGUACUUGUGAGAAAUACAAACAGUUCCCUCCCCUGCUACCACAUAGUGGAGGAAAAAGAGAAGCAAACUCAUAAUUUUAGUGCUUUGUGAAAGCAGGCAGAAAGAAGAUUAUUGUCUGAGGAGGAAGCUGUCCCUGGAGUGCAGGAAGUAGGGAGGACAUGUAGGUAGUUGCUUGGCCUGGGACCCGGCGACUGAUCUUUGCCUGAUGGUUAACUGAGGCUGAGAGGCCAUUCAUCAGACUCAACUCAUGUAAAAUGAUCCCUAAAACUGCCUAAGACUCUGAUAGCAGAUAUACCCGGCAGCAGAACCCUUUGGAGGACUGCCAUCUCAUAAGCUUAACAUGG